UUUCAACCUCUGCAUCAACUACGUGAUGGAGCGCAUAGACGUAGGGGAAGGAGUAGAAUUCAUCUGCGGCCGCCUCGUAAACAAAGCAGAAGAAUUGCAAACAGUAGCACUAGACCACCUGCUAUACGCCGACGACCUGGGACUCUUUGCGCAAAGCCUAGAAAAACUGACGGCAGUCACAAAAAACCUAUGUGCAAAAUUCUCAGCGUUUGGCUUGCAAGUAAACUUCACGAAGACCAAGUUUAUGAGCUUCAACGCAGAACAGCAGCAACAGCAAGCAAUCGACGUAGACGGCAACAGCAUCGAGCGCGUGCGGGAAUUCGCCUACCUCGGGUCCAUCAUUUCGGAAGACGGCACCGACAAGCGCGACAUCGAGACGAGAAUCCUGCUAGCACAAAAGAAAACCGGGGAGCUUUCCAACGUCUUCAGCAGUAAAAUACUCACGCCGCGGCUCAAAUUUAAAAUCCUCUGCGCCUUCGUCUACCCCGUGCUCGCAUGGGGAUGUGAGACGUGGUGUCUGCGACAAAGUGACGAGAACUUGUUAGACACGUGGUGGAAAAAGAAGCUCCGCCACUGUCUCGGAGUAACAAAACGCGACCACGUCAAAACGCGAGACAUCUACAACAGGCUGGAGGCCCGGGCGCUUUCUGAGAAAAUUAGAGAGCGAAGACUGCGAUACUUUGGCCACGUGGUAAGGUAUCCGGCGAAACGUUGGGCGCGGCUGAUGUUGUCAGCCACCGUGCCGAACGCCAAGACAAAAAAAGGGCAAGGAGCAACGAAGACCUGGAUAGCAGAAAUCAACGCGGAUCUCAAUCGAAAACGAGCAACAGUAAAAGAUUGUCUUGAUCGAAAUCUAUGGCGAGACAUCACCACAGGCGCAACAACAGGAUCAGCGAAAACAACAAGCAGCAGCAAUACAUCUUCAGCACUCUCCUUUCAAGCAAACAACAACAGCGAAAGACUACCAAUCCAAGCAAUCAUGAGACUUAGAGGACGGAAGAGGAUAAUCUAAGGGGACUACCUCGAAUAGAUUUACAUCAUCAGAAUUUACGAUCAUGAAACAAAUUGGAAUUGCAAUCAUGUAGGAAGAACCUCAACCACCAGCGAGGAAGAAGGUCGACUACAGGCUAGAUUCUAAAGCAGACUACAAACUAGAGCAGUCUACAAAUAGCUGGAGUUGUACGCAAAGAACCGGC